GAAAAUUCGAUUAUUGACAUUCUCAUGAGAGAGAUGAAAAUUCAAACAGGAACAACGUUCCUGAAAAUAGUGUUUUGAAUCAUAUCAAAACAGAAUACAUACUAGUGGGACAGCGAAAGACAUCGAUGACAAUUAAUUUUAAGCUGGAAAGCUAUAAAUAAUCUAAAUCACAUUGUAGACAUUUCAGUUCACAAAGUGAAUACUUGAUCUGUUCCCAACGGACGUUUUUAGGAAAGAAAAUGGAAGAAGAAACUACUGGCUCUAAUUCAGAGGCUUUAGAAACGAGUAUUACACACUCUUGGAUACUGCUGGACACAAAUGAACCUGCAAAUCCCAUAGUUCAGGAUGGAGGUUUAGAAAAAAUAGAAGAACCAGCAAAAUCUCGGAAAAUUAAAAAUAUAAGCGACUACUCUAAUAACAAAUCGGACACAGAAUCAGACGGCAUAAGUAUUAUCAGUGAAAAUGAGUUUUAUCAAACUAGAAAUGAAGACGAUAGUUCUACAAACGUUAGUGAUGAAAAUACAGUAGAUAAUUGCACAACAUUGGAACCUCCUGAAUCACAAUCUGAAAGUUUCCAGAUGCAACGCUCUCUUGAAAUAUCUGCUGGUAAAAAAGAAAGUAAAAAUACUUCCACUAUCACCGAAGAAGAUGACGAGAAAAAAAAACAAUGCUUAAUUUCAAACAGACAAGCACCAAAACAUGACAGAUAUCUCAAUUUUCUUGAUGAUCACUUAAAUAUUGGCAAACCAUAUAUUAUUUUCUUUGUUUGUACAAUUUUAUUAGCUAUUAUAGUCUCUUGUAUUUCCUCAAAAAACAGACAGUCUAGUGUGCUUGAGGAAAAUAAAAUAGAGCACAAUGGCCAUAACUUAAGGUAUGAUGAGUUUCUGAAUUCACAUAUACAUGAAUAUUGUAAAGAUAUUCCUGAAAGUACAGAUAAUGCAUAUAAUGCUUAUAUCGAAAAAUGCUUGAAAAACCUUAUGGGACAAUUGGAAGUGGGAACAAAAGGAAAGAUUUCCGAAAAACAAGAUUUGGAUUCUGAAAACAUUAUUCAAGAGCCUGACAUUAUUCACAAUAGUUUAAAGAAAAAAAAGGGAGAAAGCUCAGAAAAAUAUCAUAAAAUCAAAUUGGGGAGUUAUUUGAAUGAGAAACUUGACUCGACAAACAAAAGUAAGAUGGUAAUUAUAAAUAGAAAUAAAACUGAAAAAGAGAGGAUCCAUAAACAAGACAGAAGAAAUAGUCAGUAUAAUAAAGAAGAUAAGAAUGAUUAUACAUUUAACACUCCUAAAGCUUGUCCAGAAAAUAAAUUGCUUCAUGGAAAAAGAAAACAAAUUAUUUGGAAAAAACAUAUUACGAAAGAAGAUUUGAAACUAUUGAGAUGGAGAGAUGACCAAGGAAGAGAAGAAUAUAAGUUAAAUAAAAAAAUUAAAACUUCCCAUCUUUCAGACUGUAAUAAAGAAAGUUAUCCCAAAAAGAAUAAAUUGGAUAAAAAUGAAAACAAAAAAAAAUACAAAAAGACAAGCAAAUAUAAAUCCGAAUUUGAUAAGAAAAUCUUUAAAAUUGCAAGACAACUUUGGAGAAAUGGAAAAAACCUAUAUCAAGAAGGCAAAAUCAUAAAACAUGGCAGGUCGAAGAAGAUCAGAGUUUUUAGCCAAGGAAAAAACGAAUCUACUUAUUUUGAUAAUCAUACAAUAAUAAAAGAUUCGUGGUCAAUGAAUCUAGUUCAAGCUAGAAACGACAUUAGAAAAAAAGGCAGGAAAGCCAGAUGGUGGUUUAUUCGUGUCAACCUCCGCAAAAAUAAGAGAAACAAAGCUUAUUGGUACUUCGAAUAUAUGUUGAAUAGAAAGAAUUUGAGAUAUGACCAACAUAUUCAAUAAAUGUGCGAAUUUAUAUGUCUUAUAGUGUUCUAUAUUGAGUUUGAAGAUAUGACCAAUGUGAUGAAUGUAUUUUUUUAUUCUAUUGAAAUUUAGGUGAUAUUGCCAAUUUUGGAUGGAAAUAAUUCAAAAUUAAAUGGUAAUAAAUGUGCAUUUUUUCAAUCU